UAAGAUGAGACACAGUGGCUCAUUGGAUAGUGUACCUCACAACAUCACAAUGAAUCUCAUAACCAUUGUCGCUGGCACUCUUCUAAUCUCCCAGUGCCAUGCUGAGCUGGGCUACGAUUAUAGUGGCCCCGUCAGUGCUGGACUUGGAGGAGGUCAUCUCGGCGGCGGACUUGGAGGCGGUCAUCUCGGCGUAGGAGGACUUGGAGGCGGUCAUCUCGGUGGAGGACUUGGAGGUGGUCUCAAAGGCUCCCUUGGUGCUGGACUUGGAGGCGGUCAUUUCGGCGGUGGACUUGGAGGCGGUCAUCUAGGCGUAGGAGGACUUGGAGGAGGUCUCAAAGGCUCCCUUGGUGCUGGACUUGGAGGCGGUCAUCUCGGCGGUGGACUUGGAGGCGGUCAUCUCGGCGGUGGAUUUGGAGGCGGUCAUCUCGGCGGUGGACUUGGAGGCGGUUAUGUCGGCGGUGGACUUGGUGGCGGUCAUCUCGGCGGCGGACUUGGAGGCGGUCAUCUCGGAGUAGGAGGACUUGGAGGAGGACUCAAAGGCUCCCUUGGUGCUGGACUUGGAGGCGGUCAUCUCGGAGUAGGAGGACUUGGAGGUGGUCUCAAAGGCUCUCUUGGUACUGGACUUGGAGGCGGUCAUUUCGGAGUAGGAGGACUUGGAGGUGGUCUCAAAGGCUCCCUUGGUGCUGGACUUGGAGGCGGUCAUCUCGGUGGAGGACUUGGAGGCGGUCAUCUCGGUGGAGGACUUGGAGGUGGCCUCAAAGGUUCCCUUGGUGCUGGACUGGGAGGUGGUCAUUUCGGAGGACUUGGAAGUGGUCUUAAAGGUUCCAUUGGAGGUGGUCAUCUUGUUGGAGGACUUGGAGGCGGUCAUCUCGGUGGAGGACUUGGAGGUAGCCUCAAAGGCUCCGUUGGAGGUGGUCAUCUUGGAGGUGGGCUCAAAGGUUCCCUUGGUGCUGGACUUGGAGGCUCAGCUGGAGUACUGAAAGGAGGCCAUGGCGUUGCGACAGGCUACAGCGUCUUCAACCUUGGUGCUCCCCUGGCGGGCUACGGUGGAGGCUCCGUACUGGGCCAUGGUGGACCCCUUGGUGGCCAUGGAAGUGGCCUUGGAGUCGGCGGUGCUCUUGGAGGCUACGGUGUUGGCGGUGCUCUCGGAGGCUACGGUGUUGGCGGUUCUCUAGGUUCAUUAAGUUAUCUUGACGGCAAGGGCACCUAUGGUGUUGCUACUGGCGGAUACGGGCGGUAAAAUAUAUCAGGAUUCCUGCCGUUAUCCUAACCGAAUGUUAGUGGUAUAAAAUCAGAUCAAAUGUGUGCACAUGUGUUCUAAUCUAUACCAGGAGGAGUGAGACGAACUAGUGUGUAAUCUGGCCCUAGGGAGAAGUCUCUUCCCCUGAUAUAAAACCGACAAUGAUUGAUUUCUCUGAUAUCUGACUGACUUAGGUACUGUAAAGCUUGUAUGUUCGUUUCAGAUUUGUUUGACAGGUUGAGAAUAUUUUUAUUUAUGUUCUUAAUGUUAUUUUUAAUAUCAGCAAAUAAAAAAUUGUAUAUAAA